UUUAUUUGAGCUCGAGGCGGGUGGACGCACCGUUUCGGCUCGAUUGAUUACAUCAUUCUCCGAGUUUGAACUCGGUAACGAGACCUGUCGGGGGUGUUUCACAAUUCACUUGUGCAUUGCAAGGCCAAUUAUACCCCUGUACAGGGGACCAUUAUAAGAAAAAGUAGAAAGAAAGAAAAGCAGUCCGCAUUGUAAGUCCGUAGUGGCUAGGUUAGGUUAGGUAGUGCCGGUCGAAGUUAUGUAAUAAUUCGACGUAGUGUGUAUCUAUAAGAAAGAUUUACAGAAUCCUUUUUGAUUAUUCUGUAUGACGACGGUCGAUCCCUGCAAACAACUUGCAUGUAAAUUGCAGAAGUGCUUAAAAGACAAUGUCUAUCAGCCUUCCCGUUGUCAAGAAGUGCUCGAAGAGAUAAGAAAGUGUUGCAUAAAAAAUUCCUCCAAUUCUAAAGUUUGCGACGGUAUAGAUACCUCGAAACCGUACGAACAUAAUACUGUAGAUUAUCGAAAAGUUAUAAGAUAAACAAUGCGAUACGAAGAGAGGAGGAAGAUAGUGGUGCCGAAAAGAAAAUUCUCGCAACGUUAUCCACGAAUUUUUGUUCUAGCGGGAGCAAC